AUGACGUCUGAAGAAACCCAAAUAUCUGAAGAACUGAAGGGAUGUUAUGAGAAUCUUAUUGUAAUCGACAUUGGCGCGAACUUGACGAACAAGAAAUACGGCCGUGAUCUCGAUUCUGUCGUGCAAAGGGCAAAAGAUGCAGGUGUCCAGAAGAUCAUGGUAACAGGCACCUCAGUGCGGAACAGUAAAGAAGCCUUAAGACUGACUCGUCUCUAUCCCAGCACAAUAUACUCUACGGCUGGUGUCCACCCCCACGAUGCAAAGUCCAUGAUUGAGGAAGAUAUGUGGGGCGACCUACAAGAGAUUGCAGCUGCGCCGGAAUGCGUGGCGGUCGGCGAGUGCGGGCUCAACUACAGCAAAGACUUCUCAGAGCCACAAGUGCAGCGCGAAGUGUUCAAACGACAGGUUGAAAUGGCAUGCGAGCUAAGGAAGCCACUAUUCGUCCACGAGAAAGAAGCUCAAGACGAUUUAAUAAAGAUCCUCGAUGAAUUCGGAUCCCGUCUACCAGCAGUUGUGAUCCACUCCUUCACAGGAUCAGUGGAACAAGGACUUAAAUACAUAGAGAAAGGGUUUUACUUAGGUAUCACCGGGUAUAUAUGUAAGGAUAAGUCAGAUGGUGGAAUUAGAAGGUUGCUCUCGGAAAGAUUGUUGCCUCUUGACAAACUGCUGGUGGAAACUGAUUCGCCGUUCAUGUACCCGAAUAUGAGGGCUUCGAAGCUACCGCUGCAUGUCAAGGAUUCUCUGACUGAGAGAUCGAUGAACUUCGUGAACCGUUACUGCACGUUUCAAAGGAAUGAGCCUUGCGCCCUGCCAGCUAUCGUCGAACUCAUUGCCGGCUUCUUAGGACAAAAGCCAGAAGACGUCGCCUUAGCCACCGCAUUCAACGCCCUUAAGAUUUUCGGACUCAGCCAGUGA